AAAUUAGGGGUAAAACACAUGAAAUUAUUACUUAUUUACACAAAAAUAAUUUAGUGCACGGAGAUUUAAGAGAAAAUAAUUUAUUAAUCAGAAUGAAUGGAAAAAAUGACACACCUGUAUUAUUAAUAGAUUUUGAUUGUGCAGGUGAAGAAGGAAAUGUAAAAUAUCCAUUUGAUAUUAAUAUUACAACUAUUCGAAGACCAUCAGAUGUUAAGGGAGGAGAGUUAAUAACAAAGCAGCAUGAUACGGAAAUGCUUAAAAUAAUUUGGGAGGAUUUAAAUUAA